UCUGGACAGACCGGUAUCAUACAAUCCCAUCCUUCGAGACUUCCGAAGACUUGUACCCAAGUACCCAGUGCCCACACAAUUUGACGGGCCCGUAUGAGUGUAAACCGAUGGACUUCACUACUGAUUGAGUCGCCAUGGAAAGCAAUUGAUUCCAUGUAGCCCGCCAAGCUUUCGCAAACCAUCCCUUCCCUCUCUCGACCUCCAAUCCACAAACCAUGGCCACUGCCGUCCCACCUCCGGCACCGGCACCACCACCGCCGCCAAUCGAUCAUGCCCACCACUCCCCACCGCCGCAUAUCCGCGUGAUCCACAAAACACUCCAGAAGUCACUGAGCAACGAUGAAAUCCCGAUCCUCGAUUUUUCCGGUGGCGGGGGGAUUCCCGAGUACCACCGGAAGCGGCUGAAGCUACACGGCACGAUAUCAAGGCAGCAGGUGCGGGAGGCUUUUGCACAGUUUACGCGUGCGGCUGGGGCGGGAGAGGAAGAGGGAGUGCAGGGAGAAGAACAACAGGACGGAAUCCAGGAGGAAGGGGAUGUCGAGAUUUGGGAGCAUAGCUCUGUGCCUGGCCUCCAACUAAUCCCUUCCCUCCUCCCGCUCUCCAUCCAGUCCACCCUCCUGACAGCCCUCCUCACCACCUCCCUCAGCGAUACUUCCACGCACAAGACCAACCUCCACGCGCACUACACGCUGCCCACACCGUGCAACUUCUUCACGCUCCCAUCCACCACCGUCCUCUCCCCCCUCACCUCCAUCCACAAGCCGAUAACACUUGCCCAAGCCCUCUCCAAAAAGCUCCGCUGGGUGACCCUUGGCGGGCAAUACGACUGGACGCUGAAGCAGUACCCCACCGACACGCCCCCGGAGUUCCCCGCAGACGUGGCCGGGCUGGUAUCCGGGUGCUUCCCUGAAAUAGUCCCGCAGGCGGCGAUAGUAAACCUUUAUUCCCCCUCGGACACUUUAGCACCGCACAGGGACAUCUCCGAGGCGUCGGGCGCGGGGCUGGUGAGCGUUAGCAUCGGGUGCGCGGGGAUAUUCGUUAUCGGCUGCGAUGGGGAAGAGGAGGGUGAGGUGUUGGCUGUAAGGCUGAACUCGGGGGAUGCGGUGGUGAUGGCGGGGAGCAGUCGGUGGGCGUGGCAUAGUGUUCCGAAGAUUCUGGCGGGGACAUGUCCCGUGGGGCUGGAGCAAUGGGAUGGCGGGAGUGACAGCUGGAAGGGAUGGAUGAGAGGGAAGAGGGUUAACCUCAAUGUCAGGCAGAUGUGGGGUUAACUAGCACUGAGCAGGGGGAAUAACCUGUUUACUUGCUAUGCACCAAGUUUCGAGGGAAGGCCGUGUACCGAGACGUAUUACGGUAUCUACUGCCCGUUUGCGUGUUGGCCGGCCUGCGAU